CUGCAUGCCGAGACAGCCCUUUCACACUUGCAGACUCACCUCUUUAGAAAGUUUUUGGCCUAAAACACAUGCAUAAUGUCAACAAACGGCAAGACCUCGAGAAUAUUACAGUUCAUAGCCCCAGAUGAGCGCCGUCAGUUUGGAAUCGAGACUCCAUUCCAGCGUUUGGCUUGGCAAAUGCAAGACAUAUUAGGGGAUGGAGGAAUUCUCAAAGAGGUGGUCCAUGCAGGAGAAGGCCCCCCUGUACCCAUGCAUGCCUCUGUAUCAAUUCAUUUCUCUGGUUUCAUCGAGUAUUCUGACACACCAUUUGAGACAACCAGCCACUUUAAAUUUCCACGAAUGAUGAAGCUUGGUAGAGAUGUUACUUUGUAUGGCCUAGAGCUUGGUCUUCUUACUAUGAAGAAAGGCGAGUUUUCUCGUUUUCUUUUCAAGCCCAAAUAUGCCUAUGGGGACCUUGGAUGCCCCCCACACAUACCUCCAUUAGCCACAGUCCUCUAUGAGGUGCAAGUCCUCGAUUUCCUGGACUCGGCACAAGUGGAUGAGUUCAUGGAUUUGAGUAUGAAAGAGCAGAACAGUGUUCCUCUGUCCACAUUUCUGAAUGUACUGGACACACAGCGGAGCUUUGGCAACCUCUGCUUCAAUAAGAAGCGCUAUGAAGAUGCUCGAGAGCGAUACAAACAGGCCGUGACACUUUUGCAGAAUCGUGAGCCGGUGGAUGAAGAAGAGAAGAAGUGUCUUGAGGAAAUGAAAUUGCCUUUCCUGCUCAACCUCUCAUUCACGUACCUCAAACUGGAGAAACCCCACAAGGCCCUUUGCUACGGUCAGAAAGUGCUGGACAUCAGCCCUCAGAACACUAAAGCGCUCUUCCGCUGCGGCCAGGCCUGUUUGGAGAUGAAUGACUAUGAGAAAGCACAAGAUUACCUUACACUCGCUCAGGCGAACAAGCCAUUCGACCCUGACAUCAACACCUUGCUGAGAAAGCUGGCUCUAUGCUAUAAGGACUAUUUGGACAAAGAGAGAGAGAUGUGCUCCAAGAUGUUCUCGGGUUUUAAAGGAAUGGAAAAGUGAAGCUUGCAGUGUCCAUGGUGGUAUUUUUACCAUUUUUCAAACCCUCCAGGAUGACCACAAGUGGGCAGUAUAAACCCAACAAAUUGUAAUUUUGGUGUGAGUGGCCCAACAUUGCCUCAAAUGUUGUCAUACUUUUAAUUGCUUACAGUUCACUUUUGUUUUGCAUUAUUAUCGUUACUGUAAGAUAAGCUUUAUUAUAGCAGACAGUCAAGAUUUUGCAGUGUUGUGUUCAGUACUCUAUAUGGAGCAUCAGGAUGUCUCCGAAGCGUGUGGCUGGAGUUUCAGAGGUUUUAUAGACUUGUUCAUUAAUUGAAUUAUUUCUCAUACACCUUUUUUUUUCUUUCUUUUUUUUGCAUGCCAUGCAAUGCUCGUCUUGAUUUUACUUACUUUGUGUGUGUUACAUUUUGAAGUUAACAUGAAAACAAUAAGUUGUUAUGCCUUGCUCAGAGUUUAGAAUUUUCUUUAGAUUUAUGUGGAAAUUAAUAAUACUCUAUACGAUUAUAAAUGCACAUAUAUUUAGUUGAACAGAAGAGUAAAAAAAUGUCAAUACAUAUUCUAUGUAUAAAGUUUACCCUUAUACGUGUCUUGUUAUCUUUUGUUAUCUUGGUACAUUUUACUGCCUAGUCUUUCCUCCCUGUCUUAACACAGAAAUACUAGUCUUCAGCAGCCCCCAAAAUUUAUUUGGAUACUUAAAGCUCCCUUAAAAUGUAAUUUCAUUAUCGCAAAAUAUUAAACCAUGUUGUGUCUGCCAAAAGUUCUGUAUUUUUUCAGAAAAAGUUUUCUCCGAAGUAUUGUAACUGAUGUAUGAGGUUAGUUCUUCUCAAGUUCACACGUCAACAGCAGAGUAACCAC